AUGUUUAUUUUCUUUGCCUGCUGCAGAGCUUCGAUUCUUGCUGAUAUUUUGAUGGAAACCAAGAAAAGAGUGGGUGAUAACACCUCUAGUGGGUUUGCAGCGCUUACGGUUAUCGUGGGGCUGUUUAUUCUGGUCAUGGGAAUAUCGUUCAAGAGGAUAUCGCUUACUGUGCUUUCUUCGGUGUUCCUUACGCAGGUAUUCUGGUAUAUUAGUGAGAAUUUUGGUGAAGGAUAUAUUUUUGGGAUCAAGCUGACCGGUUCGUUCAAGGAUAAAGCGAGGGAAGUUCUGCAAUUUCUUGAAGAUAACAAAUUACGGCUGCUCAUUUUUAUCCUCGUGUUGUCUUUUAUAGUAUCUGCACUGAUAAUUUCGUUCAUAAAAUCGCUCACAUUUAUCGUACUGUUCAUCGCCGUUGCGGUAGCAUACACAGAAGGAUUUCACAUCAAGUUGUUGCAGAAAGCUGGAAUCGACGAGCCGAUUGUUCGUUACCUCUUAUACGCUGCAAUUCUCAUAGUUCUUGUGCUACUGUACAUAAAAAUACCACAGUUUCUGUUAGCCGGUCUGUUCUGUUUCAUUGGAUCGUUGAUGGUUACCUACGGCAUUGAUACCACUUUUGAUCUGGGAUGGAACUCGUUGGAGGUGUUUUCAACAAGCCUUCGCAAUUUCGAUACACGUAUAGAUAUGGAUAAUAAGGCAGUGGUUACCAUGAUGGUGUGUUUUAUAUUUGGUAUGGGAGCGCAAUUCAUACAAGUUCUGAGAAUCGGCGGAAAAUGAAGAUUUUUCAGUAAAACUGCUCAGAAAACUUUAAAAAAUUUUAAUAUCCCACUUAAAAACCAAAUAAGUCGCAAUUCAUAGCAUUAUUGGCACGUGAGAGAUGUUUACAUCAUUGGAG